AAAAACCGAAAGAUCAUUAGAAACACUGUACGUAUUUGGUAUGGAAAUAGUGUAAACGAAAAUCAAAAUUUUCGAAGUAUUCUGAAAGCCUACUACAGUAAUACGGUUUCAAAAUAGUAUUUGGUAGUCGGUAGUCUUAUAAAUCUCAUGCAGGACCUCACGACGUACGUAAGUAAUCGAUAUCUAUCGUAGUUUUGUUUCAGCUUUAUGGUACGUGUUGGUUCGGUUACGUUGGUACUCGGAGCAGACAGACUAUACGUUAUCUUGUGCUAUGCUGAAAAAUAUUCCGUUAUCACUUAUCAGAAUACGAAACUACAAAAACGCAAACACACGAAUACACGGGCAGUCGGCACAUCGCACGUGUUGUUGAUUUUUUGAAAAUGGCGAAGAAAGGUUUGAAAAGGAAGCAGAAAACGGAAGUAGUAAAAAAAGAAGAUGAGGCAAAGGUGAUUUUGCCUCUCGUCCGACGUUCGGACGAACCAGUUACCAAAAAGGCUAAAUGGGUAAACAGAGAACGAGUUUUGGUGUUUGGUACUCGUGGGAUUAGUUUUCAACAUCGCCAUUUGAUGAAAGAUAUAAUCAAAAUGUUGCCUCAUGCAAAAUCAGCUAACAAGAUGGAGCGUAAAGAAAAUUUGUUUGUAGUAAACGAGAUGUGCAAGAUGUCUCACUGUAAUAAAUGCAUUUUAUUUGAUGGGAGACUUCAAAGAGAUUUGUACAUGUGGUUUUCAAAUUCACCAGAUGGGCCUAGUAUUAAGUUUAAUGUGGAGAGUAUAUUUACAAGUGCUGAACUAAAAUUAACUGGCAAUUGCUUAAAAGGCUCACGGCCAUUGUUGUCAUUUGACAAUUCUUUUGAUGCUCAUCCUCAAUAUUCUUUGUUACGAGAAAUGUUUGUACAAAUAUUUGGUGUGCCAGACCAUCAUCCCAAAAGUCAACCGUUUGUUGACAAUGUUUUAAACUUUUCUGUAUUAGAUAACAGAAUAUGGUUUAGAAACUAUCAAAUAUUAGAUGAGAAUGGUGCUAUAGCUGAAAUUGGACCAAGAUUUGUUUUGCAGCCAAUUCGUAUUUUUAAAGGAAGUUUUUGUGGUGAAACUCUUUGGGAAAAUCCAUUUUAUGUUACUCCAGCAAAGACAAGACGUUUAUUGAAAGAUAGUAAGAAAGACAAGUAUGCCAAUAAUAAAAUACAGCGUAAAGCAAAGAAGACUAAAGAACUGCUUGCACCAUUCCGUGUUAAACCUGAAAAUGAAAUAUUUAGAGAUGGCAAUGUGAAGGAAAAGGCUAAACAUUUAAUAUCUAAAAACAAAUAGGCUUUUUAAUGUUAAAUUUAUAAUAAAUAUAUUAAGAAAUUUGUUUUACACACAAGUCAAUAAAAUUUGAAAAUAAAAACAUUUGAAUACCAUA